CGUUAUUUAAACAUGGCGUCCUGUGCAUAUCUUAGGUUAUUUCGCGUAAAUGCUUUUAAAACAAAGUCACUGCUUACACCAAUAAUAAGCAAUGGGCAAACACAACGUUCAUAUUCUAACCAAACAUUAUCUGGUAAAACGGUCAGAAUAGGUUGUGCUUCAGGCUUUUGGGGUGACACUGCUGUUUCAGCACCACAGCUCAUCUAUGGAGGAAAUAUCCAGUUUUUGGUAUUUGACUACUUGUCAGAGAUCACCAUGUCACUACUCACAGCUGCCAAGCAAAAAUCACCAGAGCUAGGCUAUGCACCAGAUUUUGUUCAGGUUUCCAUGGCACCAUAUUUGAAAGACAUCAAAGCUAAAGGUGUGAGGGUAGUGAGCAACGCAGGUGGUGUUAACCCUGAUGCAUGCGCGAAGGCGUUACUAGCGGCCGCAGCCAAGGCUGGAGUUGACAACUUGAAGGUUGCAGUUAUCACUGGUGAUGACCUUAUGUCACAGAAAACUAGUUUAAGUGAACAAGGAAUUAAGGAGAUGGAUUCUGGCAUGAACUUUCCCAAAACAGUUCAUAGCAUGAAUGCAUAUAUAGGAAAGAUUAUGACAAGCUUGCUGCUGGCAGUUUGGCAGGACAUUUAAUUGAAUGUGGUGCACAAGCAACUGGUGGCAUAUUCACUGACUGGCAUAAAGUACCUGACUGGGACAACAUUGGCUUCCCGAUUGUAGAGUGUGCAGACAAUGGAGACAUAGUAGUGACCAAGCCACCGAAGACUGGUGGACUGGUGAACACCUUCACAGUAUCAGAACAGCUCCUGUAUGAGAUUGGUGACCCUCGCUCGUACAUGCUGCCCGAUGUGGUAUGCGACUUCACCAACGUCUCACUGAAAGACAUGGAAGGGUCCGUAUUUGUCUCUGGGGCCAAAGGCAUGCCUCCUUCUAACACUUAUAAGGUGAGUGCUACGUAUGCAGAUGGCUUCAGAGCCACAGCCAUGUGCCCUGUAGGAGGUCCUAGAGCAGCCGAGAAAGUUCAUAGGACCACCGAAGCAAUCCUGAAGCGAUGCAGAACCUUGUUUAAAGCAUUGAAGCUUGAAGACUUCACCGAAGUGAAUGUUGCAGUGCUAGGAUCAGAAGAUAUGUAUGGGCCAAUGGCAUCUGCAGAUCUGAAGGCAUCGAGGGAGGUGGCUCUCUGGCUGGCUGUUCAUCAUCAGCAGAAAAAGGCUCUUGAAGUGUUCGUACGGGAGAUUGCUCCUGCUGGUACUGGCAUGGCACCAGGACUCACUACUAUAGUUGGAGGGAGACCUCGAGUUGCACCUGUCCUGAAGCUGUUUUCAUUCCUUCAUGAUAAGAAAGUAUUCAAGGUUGACAUUCACAUGAAUGGGGAAUUCGUAGAGACAUACAAGCCUACAAUGACGGAGGAGGUUGUAAGCCAUUCGGCCGGCAACAAGUAUGAUGGUUUGGCAGCCCCAGUGUCUGGUUCCCAUACGUACAGGUUGGAGGAUUUGGCAGUUACUCGCAGUGGCGACAAGGGCAACAAUGCCAAUAUCGGCGUGGUAGCCAGACAUCCGGCCUACCUCCCGUAUCUUCAGCAGUCUUUGACAGCACAGGCAGUGGAAAAUUACUUUAGUCAUUUAUAUGAAGACAGCGUGCCAGAAAAUGACCGAGUUAUCAGAUAUGAUGUACCUGGAAUCCAUGGAUUUAAUUUCCUUCUGAAGAACUGCCUGGGUGGAGGAGGUAUUGCCAGUCUGCGAACGGAUCCACAGGGUAAGGCAUUGGGUCAGAUGCUAUUGGAUUUCCCCAUCAGAGACAUGCCUGAAAGCUCCAGCCUUGUCAAGUGAGGCUGUGGUGCAUCUGGUCAUGGCUUGGUUACCCAUAGGCUUUGUCAUGACUCAGUAAUCAUGGGCUGUUCCUGUAAGGUCAUCAUUUACAAUCAAUCAGUAUUCUCUUCAGUUUUCUGAAAACUAUCGGGACAUUGUGUAUAAUUUUUUUGCCAAGAUAAGGUUAAUCAGUUGGUGAGGAAGAAUUACGAGAUUUGUAGUUGACAGCUAGCAAUAAUAUAUAAAGAUAUUAAACAUUGUUUUCAAUGUGAAAUUGUAAUUUAUGGUAAAUUGUUAUAGGGCGUUUUUCUAUACCAAUAAUAUACUACGAGAUAAUAGAUGUACUGUUGUAUUUACUAACAUUUCUAAAUAAAUCAAUGAGUAAGUUGUGUGAUGGAAAUAGAAUAUGGCCUUUGUUAGCUAGUGUUGCUUGUUGAAAAUUAAACUGUUCAUGUCACAUCUAACAA